UUCGGUUCCUGUUCUCGUUUGUGCAGAGGACUGUGAUCUGAAAGGAUUUCACCUGGGAAAGAGAGCAAGCGCUCAGAAAAUGAGCGUCAGCGUUGACCAGGACACCGACUAUGCCGAACUGGUUCUGUCUGUAGGAGAAAUCACACUGGGAGAGAAGAAUCGGAAGACAAUGAAAGAUCCACAACUGAGAAGGAAAGAGGCCCACAGUACCUCACAGGCUGUGUGUGCUCUGCUGAAUUCUGGAGGGGGCGUGGUCAAGGCUCGCAUUAAGAAUUCAAAUUACAGCUUCAGCAGAGAUGGACUAGGAUGGGAUUUGGAAAAUUCUUUUCGUGAAAUUCUUCCAUUUACUCAUAAAUACCUAGACUGCAUGCAGAACAAAGGGUACUUUUUAAUUUUUGUGAAACCAUGGACCACGGAUGUCUCUGGUCAGCGUGUCCUCACCUUGAAAACCAACUUUUAUGUGAGAAACUUGUCAACUUCAGAUGAACUGAAAGGUCCUGAUGCAGUGCAGUUCCUCAAAGCCAAGAAAGACUCUGCAGGGAGAUCACGUUCAAGACAGAGCUUGCCUGGAUCAUGUGACUCUGAUGAGUUACAGCACGGAAGUCUACACACAUUUUUUAACAGAGAAAAGUUGACCUACAAGGAGACAUUCUCUUUCACUAAAUCCAAUAAUGCAGAAGUUAAAAUGUCCCCUAAAGAAAAGACUGAAGAAAUGAUUUUAGAGAUUCUCCCUAAAACUGUGUCUGCAUUCGCAAACACUGAUGGGGGAUAUUUGUUCAUUGGUUUAGAUGGAGAAAACCAGCAAGUAAUUGGUUUUGAAGCAGAGAAGAGUGAUCUUCAGAAUCUAGAGAGUGAAAUAGAGACAUGCAUCCGAGAGUUGCCUGUCACUCACUUCUGUGAGAAGCAGGAGAAGAUAAAGUACACAUGCAAAUUCAUCCCAGUCCUCAGACAGGGAGCUGUGUGCUCAUAUGUGUGUGCACUCAGAGUGGAGAGAUUCUGCUGUGCUGUGUUUGCUGCAGAGCCCGAGUCCUGGCACGUGGAAGACAGCUGUGUGAAGAGGUUUAGUUCGGAGAAAUGGGUCAAGCUCCAGAUGGAAGCCAAACCAGUGCUGUCUAGAGAGGUGACAUGCUCUCCAGAAGGCCUCCGCAUGGAGCUGUGCUCAGAGCAUGAACGAUAUGAGCAGUUACUUCGUACAGAGCUGGGCUCACUUCGUCAAGGAACGCUGAUCAUCUCUACGAGCUUGGCUUUAAGUCUGGGCUUGCAGAAGAAGCAGGAAGUCAUCUUGGAUGUGCUUCAUAUUUCCCAGGACAGUCUCCUGACCCUGCAUAGCUUUGUCCGGGGAGAGGGGGAGCUGGAAGGUGACAGCUCUGUUCUGAGGGUUCUGGGCGCUAAGUUAAAGAACGAUUGUAAGCAAACUGCACUAACUUUAAAGCAGAAGCUGGUCAAUCUUGGCCGUUUCACUGGGAAAAUAGGUAUUGCGAUAAAGAUAACGUACUUGGGCCAUAGGGCAGAGUCUCUAUAUGAUUCAAGCUCGGUAAUAAGUUACCCCAGAGAGUAUUAUCUGACAACUAAGACAGUAAGGGACUUAGAGAAGGCUCUUGUUAAAGUCUUAGGGAUAGUGGACCGACGUAAAACUGUAGUGAUCAGUUUACCUCUGAAUUUUUAAACACAUAGAAUUAGAUAUUUUACUUCUCAAGAAAUGUGCUAAAUCGUGUUUGAGACUGCUUGACAUGGAAAGUGGACUAUGGUGCAAUGAUAUCUCAUAUUAUGUGGUGAAAAUAUUCUCUGAUUCUAUAAAUAUACAGAAAUUGCAUCCUUUAAAUAACUUCACACAGUAGAAACCAAAUUCUAGGAAAGGGAUUGGCUGAUAAAGAACACAACGAUAAAAUGGUGCUUUAAGAAUGCGCCCCUCAACUGGGGAUGAGGUCUGUGACUUUAAUUUUAGAGCUUGGAGAAUGGCCCAUCAUUUUAAUAUUCAUAGAGAGGUCCAGGAUAGCCAGUGCUGUGAAAAGAGACCAUGACUCAAAAUAAAUAAAUGAAGACAUACAUAAAUAAUCAAAACAGAAAAGUGUGUCCAGUCUGCAUAGCCAUCCAUCUUGCUGAGGAAAUGCAUGGGGACUCUAAUCAUGGAAGACACUCUCCCUAGAGAAGUCAGUGAAGACAGUAAUGAUGGAUGCAGUAGAAGGCAACAUUUGGUCACAGUGUUGCUGCUCAGCUGUGUGUGCUACUGCUGUUAAAUCUUUGAUUGUAUGUGACAACCCAAGAAGGACUUUCCACCUGUCCCAAAUCCCAGAGGCAAGGCUCAGGAUAUACAUAAAAUAAAUGGAGUCAGCUUACAGCAGCAGAUAGUAAAUAUGGAGGUUUCCAAAAAGGUCAAAGUCAGGAGAAAAGGAAUACAAUUGUUCACCGUGUAUUAAAGGAAAGCAAUGUAUCUGUUGAUGUAAGACUUCAAAAGAUCAACAGGUGUCAGGAAUUAGGCCAUGCAAGUACUCUCUAUGGGGCUAUUGCGUGAGUUCCAGUAACAUCUUUGUAACAUAGUUCUCUUUUGAUAGUAUGGUUUAUAAGUCAAUAUUGUUCUUUAAUGGUUGAUGUGUUGUAUGUUUUAUGUUCCUGUUGUCAUGUUGUUUGUGCUAUAAAUUAACACCUGUAAAAUUA